AUGCAGGGCAAGGACUACGCCUUCCACAAGUCCGUGUCGAAGAACUUGUGGAAAGAGACUAUCUUCAAGCCCGCCGCAGAGGAGCUGAAGAAUCACGCCGCAUAUGUCGCAAAGGUUGGAACCGCUCACAUCGACGAACUCUUCCUCUCGGCUUUCGGAAUGAGGAAGGGGGUAGGGUGGUUCCGAAGCCAGCGGAAGCAGGCCUCUCAGUACGUCAAGGACCACGGACAGACGGGGUCGAGUGGGGGGAAGACCGAGAAGCUGAAGGUCAUCAUGCGACAAGACUUAUACAGCAAGCACCCAGCCGUGACGAAGGCAGGGAUGCGAGAGUCCUUCGGAGGAUUAGAGACCGACUCGGACGAUGAAGACGACGACGACAGCGAGAGCGAGGGAGGCGAAGGCGGGGAGGUCGAAGACGCACCUUUGAACCAGGAGUUGUGGGGUGACCUCUCGAGGCACAUGGAGGACCGGGGAGACAGUGCGGCGAACCUGACUGCGAUGGAAGAGGGAGAUGACUGCAGUGCGCUGGAAGAUGACGCGGGGGAUGACCCACCCGCCGACUUCGGCGACGCCGGUGGAGACUGUGGCCAAGACGGAGACAGUCCGCCCGAGGGCGACGGCAGCAACGAUCAGGGGGGCGCUGCGGGAGGGGUUCUUCCGCCUCCCGCUGCCAGGGGCCUUAGCAAAGAAACCCAAGAGGCUAUCGAGAAAGCGGAGAGGGAAGAUAAAGAGAAAGCAGAGAGGGAAGCGGAAGAGCUGGGUAGGAUUUGACUUCACAUAUACGUGAGUGUCCACUAUCUUCUUGAGUGUUUUUGUGUUGUUUCAUUCCUGUUUUGUUUGUGUUUCGUGACAUGUGUGCUCGUAUUUUAAUUGUGUUGUGUAUGUAGACCCAUGCCCUUCUUGCCAGGCAGAUGUCGUAUGGUGUCACCUGGAGUACUUCGCGUGGAGUUUAGGAGAUGUCAACAACGCCGGCGAGGUUGACUUUGGGGAAUGCUUAGUGUUUCUACAUUCUACCGGAGACAGGGGUGUACCGACGCGAGUCGGCACUCUUUCAGGCCUCUUAUUCGUGUAAGCGGACGAUACUUGGCAUACUUAGACUACUUGCAUGCAUGUGUUUUAGCAAUAGAAGAGCACGUCUUAGAUCCAGUGUUGCAUUUCCUUUCCACGUGUGGUCUUGUCGGUCGAGUAGUCCUGCAUGGUUAGGGUGUUGAGUCUUCCUUCUUGGUAUUGUGUUGUGUUGGAACAGGGAGGAAUGAUGCUUAUGAUGCCGAGCGUCUUCGGUUUUGGCGGUUGACUGAUUCGCGUUCUGUGUUGGCGGAUCACGUAGCGACCCUUUCUAAGAACGGUACAUUAUUCUGUCGCGAGGCGUGGUUCGUGUUACCCCAGCGGGAACGAGCUUGCUGUUUGACGGUGGCGGUGUUCCAGAAUGUCGGGGUGAACGUGUUUGCAGAAGUGUAGUUUACUGCCCAGGCAACGUAAGAAUUGUCGGGGGCAACUAAUCUAAAUAGGUGGUGGGUGUUUUGAUCGUGUGCGUUUCCGCUAUUGCUGGCGGCACCGGCUUUCGAUUUGGGGGUUAUUAGGCCACGCGUUUGCGGUAGUCCGGGUAUCUCGGCGGUAGCUAUUUUAUGCAGGUGCUACGUUACACGAUAAUAGGGCAGGUAUGUUUAAGGCGUAAACAAAAUCUGUG